GGUAACGGGCAGCUUCUUCCCGCUACCGGAGCCAUGGCGGAGCCGCAGGCCGCACCGGUUUCUUCAUUGCCAGUGGCUACAGAACCUCCAAAGCCCCAUCCUAAAAAAGCACCGGAGUUACCAGUCCUAGAGAGGAAAAACUGGUUGAUCUAUCUACUGUACGUUCGCAGAGACUACGACGAGUGUAAGGCAGUCAUCAAAGAGCAGCUCCAGGAGUCUCAUGGGCUGUGCGAAUAUGCAGUCUACGUUCAAGCUUUGAUAUUUCGCUUGGAGGGGAAAAUUCAAGAAUCUCUCGAACUUUUUCAGACGUGUUCCAUUCUGAACCCUCGAAGCGCUGACAACCUCAAGCAGGUGGCACGAUCGCUGUUUCUUUUGGGGAAACACAAGGCAGCCAUUGAAGUGUACAACGAAGCAGCUAAACUGGAUGAAAAGGACUGGGAGAUCAGCCACAACCUGGGUGUGUGCUACAUGUACCUGAAACACUUCAACAAGGCACGAGACCAGCUAAACAAUGCCCUGGAGCUCAACAGACAUGAUCUGACUUAUAUGAUGCUGGGGAAAAUUCACCUAUUGGAGGGGGAGACGGAUAAAGCCAUUGAAGUCUAUAAGAAAGCCGUGGAGUUUUCUCCAGAAAACACAGACCUCCUUACAACGCUGGGAUUACUUUACUUGCAGCGUGGUGAUUACCAGAAGGCUUUUGAACACCUCGGAAAUGCGCUUACUUACGACCCAGGCAACUACAAGGCUACCUUGGCAGUUGGCAGCAUGAUGCAGGCCCACGGAGAUUUUGACGUUGCCCUCUCCAAAUACAAGGCAGUAGCCAGCACUGUGCCUGAAAGCCCUCCGCUCUGGAACAACAUUGGGAUGUGCUUCUUCGGGAAGAAGAAAUACGUAGCAGCCAUCAGCUGCCUGAAGCGGGCAAACUACUUGGCUCCCUUUGACUGGAAGAUCUUGUACAAUUUGGGGCUAGUCCACCUCACCAUGCAGCAGUACGCAUCCGCUUUCCACUUCCUCAGCGCUGCCAUCAACUUCCAGCCCAAGAUGGGAGAACUGUACAUGCUCCUUGCAGUUGCUCUGACAAACCUGGAAGACAUUGAGAAUGCAAAACGUUCCUACGAGCAAGCUGCGGCACUGGACAAGUGCAACCCCCUUGUCAACCUGAACUACGCUGUCCUGCUCUAUAACCAGGGCGACAAGAAGGGAGCCCUCUGCCAGUACCAGGAGAUGGAGAGGAAGGUUAACGCAGCAAGGGAGAGCGGCUCUCCUCUUGACUUUGACCCUGAGAUGGUGGAGGUCGCCCAGAAGAUGGGAGCUGCCCUGCAGGUUGGAGAGAGCCUGGUCUGGACUAAACCUUCUAAAGAGUCUAAAUCCAAGCAGCGAGCUGCUCCGUCCGGGAAAUCCUCCAGCUCUCAGCAGCCUCUGGGCUCUAACCAGGCCCUGGGUCAAGCCAUGUCCUCAGCUGCGGGCUACGGGAAAACCACGCAGCUUCCCCCAGGCGCCGGAGCAUCACCUCCGCUUGCAAAGCCUCCCUCGCUGCCCCUGGAACCAGAACCGGGCUCAGAAACGAGCCCCGAGGAGCCCUCGGCACCAACAGGGGCUGAGGAACAGAGGAAAGAAAAGCGCAAGAGCCGGCAGGCAGCAGACUAGGAGGGACUCUGGGCAGGACGGGCAGGCGCAGGAGCAUCCCCAGAGCCGCCUGCUGCCUUGUGGGGAACGGGACCUGCCCUCUGCCCCCACCCACGGUGGCUUCACCCCACCGUCAGUUAGUCUAAAUGCAGUUUGUUUUCUCGUAACGAUUUUAGCAUGUGGUCCCUACCUUGUCCCAAGGAGUCGUUGCAGCAAUCAGAAGAGGUUCCUGUGUCGCUGUGUGCUCACAGCUUGCUGGAAGAGACCCGAGGAUGGAGAUCUACGUCUCCACAGAGUCGGCUGUCUUCAGCGUUCGGGUGUAACUCCACCAGAAGGGUGUUCAAAAAAACCAGCGGUAGCGACUUAGCGUCCUGGAUCCCAAAGAGGAUCAAACCCUUCCGGUGGCUGAACUUGUAAGGGCUGAGUAAGCCCUACACAGGCUGUAGUAAGGUCAGUGGUAAUGUGCUCGGGGAGGGGGUGAAGGUUGCGCACCUCGCCAGGGCAAGCGCAGAGCCAGUAAGCCAGGCUCAGGACUAGCACAGCCGGGCUCAGGACUAGCACAGCCUGGCUUACUGUGAAACGAGGGCUUGUCGCUCCCCGUUUCACAAGGGCAAGACUUUGUAAAUGCUUUCUCAGGCUGAGGAAAGGGAGCCGAAACGGCUGGGGGCCUGAGGAGGAUGGGCGGGCUAACAGCCCGUGGGUUAGCCAGCCAACCGAGCCCACUUCGUUAGGACUUCUGAUCCCAGGAUCGUUCUUUGAAUUUCUUGAAUUUCUGUGCAGCGUAAGUUUCUAGGUGGCAGCUAAGAAAAUUGCAAAGCUGGCCCACAGCAAGGCAGGUGCUCAGAGGCCGGCUGUUCUGGAAGUGGGCUAGCCCCGACAGCUAAAAACGUCUGCCAGAUUCCUAAUGGUUUGCUGAGAAACAGGGUAAACGAGCCUGGGUGAAGCUCUGUCCUCACGUGAGCAGAGUUCUUCCUUGAGACCUUGUAUUGCCCAGCAUGGGGGGGGGGGAAGAUUGGUUUGAAGGAAAAAAACCAAACCCAAAGAGCAAACUUUUUCAGAAAGGACGGCAUGGUCAGCUUCAGCUAAAUUUAAAUCGUUGUAGGAUGACAGCAGCCAAGCUCUGAAUCAUUUAGUUGUGCCCUCCUUACAGUUGUAUUUUAGGAGAACCCAUUUAUGCUGCAAGGCGGCAAAGCAGCCUGUUGGCGAGCGGAGCAAGGAAUUUUAAUGCCCAUGUGAUGCUAGAGAAGCUUUGAAAUUGUUUCUGUCUUUGAACAGCAAAGCCUGAGCCUUCCUUCUCUCUGCUACUGUCAGUUUGUUGCCUCUGGGAUUUAUCUGGAGCUGGAGCCAGGUCCCCAAAACAACUGCUUUUGGGAACCAAUUUUUUUUUCUUCCUGCCCUCUGCGUACCAAGCAGCACACAAAGCUGACAUGGCUGAGGGACUUUCGAUCCAAAUUUUCCAAGCAGAAUCCAUAGCGCUGCCCCAACAAAGCCACAGCUUCAGUGUAUUUGUGGCUAUUUGAGGUUACCCAGCUUUUGAAAAUCCAUCUCCUGCUUUUAGUUCUGCACUGUUGCAUUGCGUCACUCCGUAAUGAACGAGGUUAGCGAUGGAAACUUUGCUGUAGCGACAAGGUAAGAGCAGCAGGACCGUGUCUCUGGGUACAUUAAUGUCCUUUGGUGGUUAGCUGCUGUUACCCGGAGUGACGUUAACGCAUCUUUAGAGCCCAACCAGGAACUGAAGUGCUACCCUGCUCCCUGGAGAGCACCAAAAUGGGGAACCCUGCACGUUCUCCUCUGUUCUGCCUGCCAAAACUGCCUGCUUAGCUCAGACGUGGCUUGUUUUUUACCCCAGCUGUCCUCUACUGCUGGGUUUUCUAUCGGUUCAGCUUCAGGGUAGCUCUCCUGCAAGGUUUCCUUUGUGCUAGGAGCCAAAGAGAACAGGAUCUGGUGUGGAGCAGCGGCAAAUUUAAACAAACCAGCCAAGAAGCAGUGUAACUCAGGUACAGCGCAACCCUUUUUAUUCACAUGGAACUUUUUACACCGAAAGUUAGUGUGAAGAAGAGGUUAAGAUUGCAGAGCAAGGGUAGGGAACUCUUUACCUCACCCCCAAAAUUUCAGUUCAAGACUUUUUUUCCAACAGCACUUGAUUAUUGUCAUCUUUUAAACUCCUUUGCGAUAUUCAGUGGGCAGGAGCGGCCCUCCUCCUACCGCCGGUCUCAACUUAGAGCCCACCAGAGACCAGGAACAAUCAAGGAUCUCUCACCCAGUCCCACUGCUGCAACCUCUUACCUUCUUUUACGCUUUUACAGAGUUAAGUGUUACACGUCUGUACACAGGGUUUACUACAUUAGGAGGUACUCUAAAGGUAUUUAAAAUAAAUAGUUUGGAGAAAAGCUUAUGCAGACAAUGAACCAAUUCUUCUUCUGGGAAAAGGAGCUGUAGCAUCUUGUUACUUUCUGGAAGUAAGGAAGUGUUUUUAAAUAUGUAAUUACAGUUGGAUAAUAAAUAGAACUGCAAUUCCUCG